AUGGCAGGAACAGAUCCGAGGCGGUCCUCGAGAGCGCGAGUCACGCAGUCCCAGUCCCAGAUAUCGUCUACUGCUUCGAGCGUGUCGGGCCGCGCCGAGCGCAGUUCUAGACAUUUCAACAAGGGCGGGUCACCGCAAAAGUCGACAUCGACAGGGUCGCUGUCAUCAGAGCCUCCUGAAGAUACAAUCACGGCCGAGGAGCCGCCCGGCACUCGGCGUCGCACUCGUGCACAGGGCGAAGAAAGGGACAAAGCAAUAGCGAAAGCUGAGGCAACCGACAUGGCCAAUGGAGACGGCGAUCUUCAGGAAGAGGACGAGGCCGUCCGUUGCGUCUGCGGCAACGACGAGUAUCAGGGCCCUCCGCCUUUGGACGAAGACUCCAAGCACGGCUUGAAACAUGGCAUUGACAUCGACCCCUUCUUUUCGGCCGACGUGACAGACGACACAGCCGGCUUGUUUGUUCAAUGCGACAUCUGCAAGGUCUGGCAACACGGCGGCUGUGUGGGCAUCAUGACCGAGGAGUCGAGUCCCGAUGAGUAUUUCUGCGAGCAAUGCCGACAGGAUUUACAUAAGCUUUGGACGGCAAGCAAUGGGAGUGUAUAUUCCCAUUAUCUCCCGCUGAGACGACCGCAAAGAACGACCUCGAGAGCAGCAUCACUCAACAAGGAUGUGGCGCGCUCGCCUGUCAAGGAAAAAGAGACGCGGAACGGGCGGACGUCGUCAGCAAGCCAGACAUCGAAGCGACGGUCGACGAUGAACAGCAGGGAUGCCGCCUACGACGAAGCGGAGGCGUUGAGAAGGGCAAUUGAAGCGAGCAAAGAGGAUGCGGUCCCUGAACAGGCGGAUGGCGCCAGUAGACGGCCAAAGCGCGGACGAAGCGACAGCCAGGAGAAGCCAGAUGGUGCCAAAAGGCAGAGAACGGACUCCCGGUCGGUCUCACCGUCACUAGAUAAGGACGCCGAUGACUCGGAUGACGCUUUGAUUAGCGGGCGCAAUGCGACAUCGAAAUCUAAGGCGCGGAGCGGCGCCGCGGCGCGGAACCAGCGAACGGAGAAGACGUCGGAGAAGGAAGAGCGAGAGCGGCAGCGUGCUGAGACUGCAAGCAAGAGGAAGGUCAGGGCCGAUCGUCGGCGGGUUGAUGAUUCAGAUCCUUCAGAAGAAUUACCGCUGGCAGCUCGGACAGCGGCGAACAAGGGAGUAGCGUCUUCCGGAGGCCAGAAUACUGCUGGUGGUGUCGCGGCAGAAGCCGCCCGACCAUCAGCGGCAAUGGAACCCCCACCUACGUCAAACCCGGCACCAGACACACCGCCCACGAUCAACGUACAGACGAAAAACGAUAAAAAACGGUCGCACAAAAAAAAGGGACGCAACCAGUACACUCGGGAUCGGGAUGCCCACGACGAAGACUCGCCGGCACGGUCGCAGUCACGCGACAUUCAGAAGGAUGACCACGGGCCCGCAGGUGGUGGCAAAGCGGGCGGAGAAGGCAGUGGUAAGGCAAACUCCAAGGCCCGCGGCGGAAUGAACAGCAAGAUCACGAUGAACGACAUGAAAAGGAGAGCAGCGGCGCUGCUGGAUUUCAUUUCGCGAACGCAAGUAGAGCUGGCUGGGGAGCGCCUUGUAGGGCCCACACCGGGGAUUGCCAGCAAUGCCACUAGCGGCUCUGCGGUGGUGCCGGAGAAGACGGGUGCCGAAACCAGCGGUUCACCGGCCGUAGGAUCUGGAGAAGGCGGUGAAGUUCGCCCUGAGAAGGACUUCAAGGAACUUGGGUGCAUGGAGAUGAUGGACAGCCUGACCCGACGGCUGGUCAAGUGGCAGCAGCAAUACGCUGCGUGA